AUGACAUCCCCUCUCACCUCCUGGCCGUCCACCCCCGUCCCCUCCGCUAUAAAAACCCUAAUAAGCGACUUCUACACCAUCGGCGCCCAAAAGGGCGAUGAAGCCACCGCAGCCUACAUAAACCUGUUCACACCAACGGCACAAAUAGUUCAGAACAACAAAACGUACACUGGCCGUGAUAGCAUCCUCGAGGCGCAAAGCGGAAAGCUAGACCACGUGAAAAGCCGCCAGCGCGAGAUCCGCAAAGUGUACUCGUGCACUGAAGCUGGCGACGAUCUGCUCCUGGUGGGGAAUACACGUGUGGUGCUGGACACGGCGGAGGUGCUGGAUGUGGGGUUUUGCGUGCAGCUGGCGUUUCAGGAGACGGCGGAGGGGUGGAAGAUAACGCAUUGUCAGUCUUGGAGUGAUUCGGUGGAGUUGACGGUGGAGAUGAUGAAGAUUGUUAUGAAGGAGAAGCUGCGCGGGGGUGGGGAGAAGGGGAAGGGCAGGGAGAAACGGCAGGGUUCUGGGCUUUUUGCUGGGUGUUUUGGGAGGAAGUAG